GCGGGUCUGCGGCCCGGGAGCUCAGUCGCUCCAAACCGCUCUGGGCUAAGGGAGCGAUCGCGCCUCUGGGAAGGCGAGCUGCAGCCGUCCGCCGUUCGGCGAGCUUUCCUGGUGGGUUUUGCUGUCGGUUAUUCAGCCGCCCGCUCUAGACCAUGGAUCUACACCUCUUUGACUACUCAGAGCCGGGGAACUACUCGGACAUCAGCUGGCCAUGCAACAGCAGCGACUGCAUCGUGGUGGACACCAUGCAGUGCCCCAUCAUGCCCCACAAGAGCGUGCUGCUCUACACGCUCUCCUUCCUGUACAUCUUCAUCUUCGUCAUCGGCAUGAUCGCCAACUCCGUGGUGGUCUGGGUGAACAUCCAGGCCAAGACCACAGGCUACGACACGCACUGCUACAUUCUGAACCUGGCUAUCGCGGACCUGUGGGUGGUCAUCACCAUCCCGGUGUGGGUGGUCAGCCUGGUGCAGCAUAACCAGUGGCCCAUGGGCGAGCUCACCUGCAAGGUCACGCACCUCAUCUUCUCCAUCAACCUCUUUGGCAGCAUCUUCUUCCUCACAUGCAUGAGCGUGGACCGCUACCUCUCCAUCACCUACUUCACCAGCACUUCCAGCUGCAAGAAGAAGUUGGUGCGGCGUGUUGUCUGCGUCCUGGUGUGGCUACUGGCCUUCUGCGUGUCCCUGCCUGACACCUACUACCUGAAGACCGUCACAUCUGCAUCCAACAACGAGACCUACUGCCGGUCCUUCUACCCCGAGCACAACAUCAAGGAGUGGCUCAUCGGCAUGGAGCUGGUCUCCGUCAUCCUGGGCUUCGCUGUCCCCUUCUCCGUCAUCGCCGUCUUCUACUUCCUACUCGCCAGAGCCAUCUCGGCGUCCGGCGACCAGGAAAAGCACAGCAGCCGGAAGAUCAUCUUCUCCUACGUGGUGGUGUUCCUCGUGUGCUGGCUGCCCUACCACGUCGUGGUGCUCCUGGACAUCUUCUCCAUCUUGCACUACAUCCCCUUCACCUGCCAGCUGGAGAACGGACUCUUCACAGCCCUGCAUGUCACACAGUGCUUGUCGCUGGUGCACUGCUGCGUCAACCCCGUGCUGUACAGCUUCAUCAACCGCAACUACAGGUACGAGCUGAUGAAGGCCUUCAUUUUCAAGUACUCAGCCAAAACCGGCCUCACCAAGCUCAUCGAUGCCUCCAGAGUGUCUGAGACGGAGUACUCGGCAUUGGAGCAAAACACCAAGUGAGCUGCUCUGCGGAGGCCUGGGGACGUGUGUGCUUGUGAGGACAGGGGCAUCGGGCCACUUGGUUUCUGAAGGCGAGCAGAGUAGCUCUGGGUUUUGAUGCUUGGGUCACGCAAAGAGGAGCAGUGUGACAUGGUGUGUCCUUUCUCCGGCCAACGAGGCUGUUGCCCAGCUGAGCAGUCUGACAGUUUUACAGCAAGGAGAGAACAAACACAGCGCUGUGCAUGGAAAGCGGCUUCAGGCCGGCCCACCUGGGCGCCUGUAAAAUAGGACCUCCUGUGUCCCGAUGUUUUUUUCAUAUGGUGACUUGUAUUUAAGUUUUAAGACUUUAUUUUCUCACUAUUGGUGUACCUUGUAAGUGUAUUGAAAGUUAAAAUAUAUUUUAAAUAUUGUAUGGGAGAUAUAAUGCUGACAUAUCCAGAUUGGUAUAGUUUUAAGGUUAGUUUGACUUCAGUCUUGACUAAGGAUGACAACAUUGUUAGCUGAUCUGAAAUGAUAUAUAUAUAUGUAUAUAUAAGAUAUAUAUAAGUAUAUGCCAGUGUUGGCUCAAAUGUUCUAUUUACGAUAGUUUUAUAUCUGUGCGGUGCUUUGUACCCGCACAGGACACGGGACAGAAACUGCUCCGUAACGCAGUUUGUGACAUUCAUAGUAUUGUAAAGUGAUGUUUAAAACCAGGCUGUUCUGGACUGCAAACCUGUGCCCAAAACGAACAGAGAGUUCUCUCAAUUUGUAACUUAUUUUUUUAAUAAGAAAUAAAGAUGGUUUUGUUUCCUAAA